GGAAGUGAGUGAGCAACAGGGGGGCUCAGGGUAGGAUAGAAUCAGAGAGUAUAUAAAAGGUAACUUAUUCAGUGGUUCUGAGAUGACAUACGGUCUGAAAUCGUUGGGCUGUCUAUUGUCAGAAGGAUUUAGCCUUGGCCAAUGAGAGAGGAGUAGGAGUGUGGAAAUCACAGGACGCUAUAGAAGGCAGUGAAGAUACAUCAAGCACUCCUGUGAGGAUGGCAGCCAGUUUCUCUCUCCUGGAAGAGGACCUGUCGUGUAUAGUGUGCUAUCAGACAUUCAGGGAGCCAGUGAUCCUGCUCUGCAGCCACAGCUUCUGCAAGGCCUGUCUGGAGGAGAGCUGGAGUAAACAGGAGACGCAGGACUGCCCAGUCUGCAGAAGGUCCUCCAGAGACCAGUCGCCUCCCAACCUGGCCCUGAGACAUGUCUGUGAGACUCUGAGGGAGAGGGAGAUUAAGGACACUCCUGGGCCCACAGAGGAGGCGACAGAGGGGCCCUCACAGGGUGAAAACACCAGCCACAGGGGGUUACAGGGUGUGUGUGGUUUACACUCCCAGAGGCUCCAGCUCUUCUGCCUUGAGGAUGAAUGUCUGGUGUGUGUGGAGUGUGUGUCGGAGCAUGCAGGCCACAGCUUCUGCUCUCUCGUGAAGGCAGCAGGCCAGAGGAGGGAGGGGCUCAGACCCACACUGGAGGCCUUGGAGGAGAAAAUGUCUGCCUUCUGCAAAGCCAAGCUAAACUGUGACAAAAUGGCUGCUCACAUUGGGGUGCAGGCCCAGCUAGCAGAGAAGCAGAUAAUGAAUGAGUUUGAAAAGCUACACUGCUUCCUGAGAGAAGAGGAGGUGGAGAGGCUAGCUGCGCUGAAGGAGGAAGAGGAGGAGAAGAAUAAAAGGAUAAAGGAGAGAGUGAAGGAGAUAAGUGAGAUGAUGUCAUCUCUGUCAGACACAAUCAGAGCUGUGGAGGAGAAGCUGGCAGUGGAUGAUUUGUUGUUUCUGCAGCGCUACAACACUAUGAUGGAGAGAGUACGGAGUGUGCCUAAGGACCCACAGCUGUGCUCAGGAUUACUGAUCAACUUGGCCAAACACCUGGGCAAUCUCAAGUUCCAGGUCUGGGAGAAGAUGCAGGGGGCAGUGAAAUACAUGCCUGUAGUUCUAGAACCAAACACCGCACAUCCCUAUCUUUAUCCAUCUGAAGAUCUGACCAGCCUACGAUCUGAAGAUAAAGGACAGAGUCUCCCAGACAACCCAGAGAGGUUUGAUUCAUACCGUGACAUCCUGGGUUCAGAGGGGUUCACUUCAGGGACACACUUCUGGGAUGUGGAAGUCGGAGAAAAUGAUGACUGGAGGGUAGGCGUGGCCAGUGAGUCUGUUAGUAGGAAACAUGAGUUAGAUGAAGAAGGAAGUGGAAUAUGGGCUGUUGGGGUAGCUAAUGGUGAACCUUAUAAAAUGAAGAAGAAGACCCAGAGGAUCAGAGUUUCGCUGAAGUGGGACAAACAGGAGGUGUCCUUCAUUGAUCUUAGUUCAUACACACAAACCCUCAGAACAUUUAAUCACAAAUUUACAGAGAAGAUGUAUCCAUACUUUUAUUUGUUAAAUGGUCAACCACUACAGAUCCUUCCAGGGAAAGUCUCUGUAAACGUGGAAAACCAUGUGGAAAACCAUGAUAUGGAAUUGUUUUAACGUGGCUAUACCAUGGAUCAUUUAGUUACUUGAUUUAGAAUUUUAGGAUUAUUUGAUAAAAUAUUGAGUUUGGUCUUUAC